AUGGGAGAAGCACCUUCUUCUUUCUCUUGGCGCAAGAUGAAGAUCGUGGAAUAUUAUGAUGAUGAGAAUAUUAACGAGUGUGAUGUUGACGCGGCACAGAAGCUUAUGGAACUCAGCGAUGAAGAGAAGAGCAACAGAAGCAACACCAUUAGAGGCAGCAACAACAGCAACAAGAGGUUUAGAAGAUCGAGUGAAGUUGAAGAAAAUAAUAUUGAUGAAAAGCAUGAUAUUGUAAUGGCCAAGAUACAAGAGAUAUUUGGAAAAGAUGUUGAAGUUUUUCCUAUGGUUAAGAAGCAAAGGAGAUAUCGUUCUCUUGUGAAUAUUUACAUGUCUACAACACCUGUUAAGGAUACAAGGUUGUUGAUGAAGGCAAUCUCCACUACCAAGAUCACUCUCAUGGCUUACGCAUACAUGGGGUAUACACACAGGUUUGCUGCAAAAAAACCCUUACACUCACCAAAGUUGUUCCUGAAAAGACCUCUACAUGCAGAAGGACCAGGGCUACCCAAGGUUGAGCCAUCGGUAUUGCAUUUUGUUCAUCCGAUCAUGGGCGGUUGCCAGAUUACCUCUAGAAUUUUGGGAGAGUUAGACCGGUGA